GAGAGAGAGAGAGAGAGAGAGACGACGACGCGUGUGAUGCAAGGGAGCGCGAGAGAGAAAGGCUGAAGACGAGAGAAGAGCGCGCACAGUUCCGAGGCAACGUGGCGAGCGAGCGCACAGUACAGUCUGACAGCGAGAGAGACUGCUCCGAGUAUAGUCCCCUUCUCCCCGUCGCACUCGCUCUCUCUCUCUCUCUCUCUCCGUCUCUCUCUUACACUCGCGGCGGCGGCGUUUCGGAGUCAAGAAGCAAGCGGGCGAGCGAGCGAGCGAGAGAGAAAGAGCUCACACGGACGCACACGAGGAAGAGCGCGAGGGAACCCACACACUCGAAGCUUCCCAUUCAUCUUGGCGCGCCUAGGCCGCAGCCGAUUGGCCCGCGGUGGGUAAGGCCGCGCCAGGAUUGGCCGCUUCUGUUUACCAGCUGGUGCGGCGUGUGGAUAGCGCGAGCGCGCUCGGCCGCGGUGGAGAGGGGACCGCGGCGGCAGCAGCAGCACUAGCGCCAACUCGCGCUCGCACACACACGCGCUCACACGCGCGCGAUAGCGAGAGCAAGCGAGUGAGAGAGAGAGAGAGAGAGAGAGAGAGAGAGAGAGAGAGAGAGAGAGAGAGAAAGAGAAGCACAGCGGCGGCGGCGCCAUUAUUGUAAGGGGUUACAUUUAGCCAUGGUGUGUGCGUGCGCCAGGCUCUCCUCGCUCUUCUGUCUUGGCCGUCCGGCUGUCUGUGUGUGCGUGCGCGCUGCCCGGGUAGUACGCGCCGUUCGGGAUAGGGGGCUAUAGUACCUUCAUGCAUGGCCCAUAAAGGAUUCGUCGACUAUCCGAGAAGUACGCAAGAAUACGGCUUCUAACACCUGACGGGACGGAGCCACGGAGAGGCUCGCUCGCUCGCUCGUCCGCUAGCAGGAGAGGAGAUAUCGUUUACGCGCAUUAGUACGGCCGCGACGUCGUCUUCCUCGGGAGCAGGAAUUCUUCUCUCUCUCAUCGGAGCUCGCUGCAGGCGCGCCUUCCUCCGGCGCCUCGCGACAACAGAUCAGCUGAGUGAGCGCCCGCUUGCUCGCUCGCGAGCCACACGACCGCUCGUCAUUCGCUCUUUAUUGUUCGGCCCGGUGUGUGUGCCGUUGCCGCCGCCACGCUGUGCACUCCCCGACGGACUUCUUCUUCUUCGUUCUCCGACUCUCCCCAGUGCCAUAAAGAGGAACAGUGCGCGAGUUUCUUCGGUCGAUCGUCAGUGCACGCACAGUCUCGCCCCCGAGUAUUCUCUCUCCCUUGCCUCUCACCAUGUGUGACCGGAGCAGUGCGCGUCUCGUCGGUGCGAGCGUCCUCGUCGAGUGCUCGCGUUGACCCGUAGCUCGCCCGGACAGUGCACGGCUCUGUGUGAAUCGACAGGAGGUCAGCCGCGAAGGAGACAGCAGCAGCAGCAGCAGCAGCAGGAGAAGCGGCAGCCCAGCGCGUGGAAGGUGAGAGCGCGAGAGCCUUCCGGCGCGCUAUGAGUUCGAAAUUCAUAAUCGAUAGCAUGCUCCCGAAGUACCACCAGCAUCCGUCGCCGUAUCAGCAGUUGUUCUCGACAGCGAACCCCAGCUCGGUCCAGGCGGCCUGUUCAGCCGCAGCAGCAGCAGCAGCCUCCUCGGGCAACAGUACGGCAUCCGUCGCAGCCGCAGCGGCAGCCAGCCAGCUCGAGUCCAGCCUGCAUAACGCCGUAGCCGCGGCCGCAGCGGCCAACUACGCCCAGCAGCAGCAGCAGCAGCAGCAGCAGCAGCAGCAGAACAACUCGCCCAGUCCGACGGGCUCGAGUCCCCAGCACUCGGGCAGCUCAGCCUCGACCUCGCCCGCGGCGCGCGCCUCCUCCGCCAGCAUGUACCCCUACGUGUCGGCCGCGGCGGCCCACCAUCACCACCAGCAGCAGCAGGCCGUCGCCGCAGCGGCCUUCGGCGCCACGUCCAGCAUGGUACCGGGCUUCGGCAGCUCGGCCGCCUCGAGCGCGGCCCUGGCAGCCGCGGCCGCCGUCGACGCCGCGACGGCCGGCGACAAGUCCUGCAGGUACACCGCCAGCCUGACCGGCAACGUCGCGCCCAGCUCGGCCGACCCCAUGGUCAACUACACCCUGGGCCACCACCACCAGAAUGGAGCAACGCCUGGAAGCCUCGUCUCCUCGGCGUCAGCCUCCUCGGUCUCCGCCGCCUCGAUGACCUCCAUGGCAGCGGCGGCGCAGUUCUACCACCAGGCGGCCGCGGCCAGCGUCGUCGAUCCUCUCGGCUCGUGUCAGCAGCCCACGGCCGGACAGCCCGGGAUACCAGAGAUCCCGCGCUACCCCUGGAUGUCCAUCACCGAUUGGAUGAGCCCCUUCGACAGAGUUGUGUGUGGACCAAACGGCUGUCCGCGGCGCCGAGGUAGGCAGACGUACACGCGCUUCCAGACGCUCGAGCUCGAGAAGGAGUUCCACUUCAACCACUACCUGACGCGACGGCGGCGAAUAGAGAUCGCGCACGCGCUCUGCCUGACCGAGCGCCAGAUCAAGAUCUGGUUCCAGAACAGGCGAAUGAAGCUGAAAAAGGAGCUGCGCGCCGUGAAGGAGAUAAACGAGCAGGCGCGGCGCGAGCGUGAGGAGCAGGACCUCAUGAAGAAGCAGCAGGCCGAGAAGCAGGCCAAGAUGCAGCAGGAGCAGCAGAACGCCCUGCAGCAGCAGCACGCGGCCGCCCAGCAGCAGCACCAGCAGCACCACGGCGUCCCCGGCCUCGACAAGGCCCAGAGUGACCUCCUCAAGGCGGUCAGCAAGGUGCCCACAUAGGAUAGCCUCCUGGGCCGCCUUUAUCUGUCCUAGGUGUCGUGGACGGACCGCGAGUCGGCUGCGUUGCUGGCAGCCCGCCAACUCGCCGCCGCGGCCGCUGCUGCCCAGGCUCACCAGCACCAGCAGCAGGUUCGUCCAGACGCCGCCAGACUACGUACUUACCUAGAGGCAGCUCAUGUCAAGCUGGCCGGCAGCCAAGCCGGCGACAACCCGAGGACGGCCAGCGCAUCGCCGCCGCCGCACUCGUCGACUACUCAGCAGCAGCAGCAGCAGCAGCAGCAGCAGCAGCAGAUGCCGCACACCUACGCCCAGGCUGACGAUGAUCCCUAGGAUGACCGGCAGCUCUGAAGCUUUUUCUAACGUGCCAUCCCUCUGUACUCUCUCCAGAGUAGCCUCGACCUGUGCGCAGCCUUCGUCAGGAGUGCGAGAGCGCGAUCCAGCGUCCUAAGAGAGAAGACUGCAUGUUUUAAAUCGGUUAUUAUAUUGCGCGCGACUCGUGUAUGCGUAAACUGCGUCGUUGUCGUCGUUGCCGAGUGCAUGAACUAUUCAGUAGUCCACCAGAGACACUCGAUUAAACCGAGAGACCGAGUGACUACUGACACACACGCAAGUGAUGAUCGAGGAAUCGAAACGUACUGAUCUAAUCCUGUGAAUGGAGAAUUCAAUUGACGAAUUUCGAGGAAUAUAAAAGACUUGUAUCAUUAAUAUUGCUAUAAUCGUACCCGUACGAGAGACGUAUACAUUGGUUCGCUCUGUUUCCCUCCGAAUCAGCCAUGUUGAUUUUGUGUAAUGUUAUGCUGAAAGAAUGACGAAAAAAAAAUUAAGAAGUAUAAGCGAAAGUCUUUAUUGUGUUCAAGUUACGUAAUUAGCGUUUAGAGCCUUUAUUUAAAAGAAAAAUAAAAGGAACGAGGCGAGGAAUGUCGCGAAGAACGUGCAUCUCCGAGCAGCAGCUCGUCGCGAGCCCCAAGGGAUCGCGUGGCGCAGUGGGCUGUCGACAGACGCGCGACCGCGACAUUAGGCGAAAAGUUAAUUUUGUUAAUCCGUCUGUUUUGCAUCGCUUGUAUUUGAUGAAAAUUAGCGUUUUUUGGGCUGUAUUAGGCUACGCGAAAAGAACCCGUUGAUUUUGAUUUGUUGCAUCGCCGGUUGAGAGAGUGAUAUAUAAAUUUCGUCCGUAAGCACUGCUUUUUCUAAUUGCUUUCUUUUCGUUCGGAGUCCGUCGUUCUUUAUAUACGUCUGAGGUUCAAGCCCGUACUUACAGUGCAACGAAGCGUAUAAUAAUAAUCCCUACGGUCGAGAGAUCGAUUGAAUUUUCCCUCCGUUGUAGAUGAAAAAAAAAAUGAUAUGGUUACGAAGAAGGAGAAAAGAAAAGCGCAGGAUGUGGAAACGGCGAAACUACUACCGGACGAGUAUCUCACUCAUAGUACAUUAAAUACGUAAUUUGGUGUCAGGGUAGACCUUCAGUAGAUCUAAAGCCUGUUGUUGGUAUUACUUAAUUAGUUUUUACUCGUAAAAAGAUGAUGCUGAAGACGAAAUGAAAAAAAAUAAAUAAUGCGACGGUUUAAGCAAAAGAGAACAUGACGUUUAAGUAAAACUACGGGCAGUGUAGAAAAAUAUUGCAGACGAAGAUUUUAAAAAUUAAUGAAAAAAAAUUAUUGUCCAUUAUAACCGAAAAUACGUAAAUCAUAGACAUAUUUAACAAUAAUGAAUAGCGUUUAAAUAUAGAGGAGGAUUCGUGGAAUUGAGCUGUAAGAGAUCAAGUGAAAUUUAUUCCCCUUCAGAGGACGAUAAGCAAGAAAGAGUAUCUCGAAUAUAAAUGAAAUUCUUAUUCAGAUUACAAUUGCAGUAUUUAUUUUUCGUCAAAUGAACUUUUGGAUCAAGAGACAAUAAAAGAAACAAAGUCUAUAAAGAAAAAAUAAAUCAAAUUUACUAAUAUUCUCUUUAGCUCAAUUCGAAUUUCUCCUCAGAAUUAUUCGAAAUGGAAAAAAAAACGUAACGUGAGCGUACUAGAAAAAAGAAAACUAUCCCAGUGAAAUCUAAAGCUAUAAAAUGAAAAAUUCUCAUACGUAUUGAAGAUGUACGUAACAAAGUAGAAAAGACAGAAAGUUUUCCCUGCUGUAGGAGGCAGAAGCGCAAAAGAGUAUAAGAAAAACGUACAAGGGCGCGGCCCGACGCGAGGCAGCUCCGCGCCAUGAACGUCCGGUGUAACGUCAUAUUGAUCUAUAAAAUAGAAUAAAAUAAACCUAAACUUAAAGAAAAAAAUAUUAAUGAUUUUAAAAAAGUAUGAACGAACGGUAAAAGCUCAUAACCAGCCCCGCCGUUAAUUAUCUAAUGAAAUAUUAUUAUAAAUAAUCGAACAGUACGUAAUUAAGAAGCGAGUCCACGCGAACAAAGAAAUGAAGAAGAAAAAAAAAUAUACUCACGUAUAAUCUUACAUAGCGAGCGUACCUAUACCGGUGUAUCCAUAAUAUUAUGUAGCGUGUAAUGAGAGACUAAAGAAAAAAAAGUGGGAGUCAAAGUAUAUAGUAUGAUACAAAAGAAUAAAUAACAGUACACGGCUCGAGUAUUGGAGUACUAUGACGGAAACGCAGCGCUUCAAAAGAAAAGCUUCGGGCGACGCGAGACAAAAAUAGCAACAAUAUCCAAGACAGUUACUGCAGUAGAAAGAGGUAGAACAAGGAGAAGGAUUUCUUAUGAUCUUUAAACACAUAAACGAUGUCGAGAGUGUGCGAAGCUCGCGCGGUUUGUUCUUGUAAUCGUAUACAACGUAUUUGAAACUUAUAGCAAAUUCUUCGCGAAACGCGCGGGAAGAAGCAGAAACGUCAAAAAAGUGUGAUCACGCAUUUACCCACCCUGGCAUAAGUAUACGGCAUUAUAUUCGAUGAAAUGGAGUGCAGGAAAACGAACCGGUGAAAGGAGUUGCAAAGGAUUCGAUGGAGUGAUUAAAAAAAGAGUGGUGUAACUAUUUGUAGAAAGCUUUAUAUAUAUAUAUAUAUUAAACACUCGAUAUGUAGUCCUUAUAUUAAAUACAUGAUCUAUUGUACUGCUAGUUACGUUUGAUGUUAUGUCGUUAAUUAAUGAUACGUACCAAUUAUUCUGACAUAACGCAGCAGCAGCUGUCCGUGGCGGCGCCGAUAUAUAACGUCCGACAAUUCUAGAUACGUAAAACAAACAAAGAUAGGAAUGACAAAGUAUGAAAUUGCGCCGUAGUUCGUAGCCGGAGUGAAAUGUACAGAUUUUGACGGUGAAUAUUUUGCUGAGCAUAAUAAAUAUGAGCAAAAGUAAAAAGUAUUGCCGAAAACAAACGAUCCAGUUGAUAUGUGUGUAUUGUAUACGUAAGUGUUUUGAAUUUUGUUUAGACGCAGUAAGGUGGACAUCAAUUUUUCGACACUCUUUCGAAUGUAAUUUUGUAUAUGCAAUGCAUAGAACGUAACGAUCCUAGAUCUCUAAAUAUAUCAAUAAAUUUCCACUGGAAUACGCUGGAUAUUUUUCUGUCUUGUCCCAGAAUCAAAACAUAUACGUAAUGAAAAUGCUCUCAAAAUUUUUAUCCAAAGAAAGGCAAGCGAAUGAAAAGCAAAAUAAUAUUGCAGGCGCCGUCCACUCGUAAGCUUCCUCUCGAUCUAGCUGUAUUCAUCAUUUUAGGCAACGUGUAAUUACUAUAAUCACCAUAUCAUAUCCUGAACUUCCUUCAACUAUUCCAGAACCUUCGACUCUUGAUCCUCGUCCCGCGAGUUCUUAGACACAAGUUCCCUCUUCCGACCCUUCUACACUCUUUCGACCGCAAAUGUCAAUAUAUAUAUACAUAUAUCAAAACUCGCAUAAUGUGUAAUAUAAUAAUACAAAAACCCGAUCGACCGUUGUGAAUUUCUCCAAGUAGUACAACAAUUGCCCGACUUGCCAAACCAGCGACUGACCGAGUCGUCGCGCAGACUUCUCUUAAAACGAAUUACUAUACGUAGCAGAGUGCGGGGAAACAGUAGGCGCGAGAUAGCGCGAGACGACGUGGAAGAGGACGCGAAGGAAUGUGCAAUACACCUUUACGGAAAUUCUCCGUCGUCGCGCAAAAUCCGAGGCGAAAAAUACCCCCGACGAAACAUGCGAAAUAAGCGUCGCGCCGACCGUACACACACGGCGGUCGGAGGCGCAUUUUAAUUGUGAAACCGUAGAUUUAACGAAUUAAACGUACGAAUUUAAAAUUAAUUAAUAAAUGAUAACAAGAGAGAAAAGAAAAAUACACAGACGACAUGAAUAUUGUAAUCGAAAUCCGUCUCACGGGAAGCGCAUGGAUCAAGUUGAAAAAAUUGUUUGUUAUAUUUUCUUUAUACUUAUAGAUGUCAUUGUUUAUUUAUGAACUGUUUAUUUUACUUUGUAAUUUUUGUCCUAUAAUUGUUUUUUGUUAAUGUGAAAAGUGAAAAAUAUUGAUAAUGUGAGCGAGCAAGAGAAAAGUUGCGAUUGCGAAUUUUUUAUAUAAAUAAAACAAAAAAGACAAACAUAGCGUAACGUGAUUUUAUGACGCUUGCGGCUUUUAAUAGAGUUUCAAGCAUUAGUAAGUAGACUUAUUAAAAGGAAUGAUAAAAGUUAAAAAAUGUAGUGUCAAUGAGUGCUGCGAGUAUAAGAUACUUUGUCGGCUUGAACACGUUUUGUUCUCUGUUCAUCGUCGCACACGCGUAGAAAUGUCCAAUCGAAAAGAAAAAGAAACACAGGCACAUAGCAGCCAGCGCACAAAAAGUCGUACAAAACUUGAUAGUAUUCGCGCAUUGUUGUGAUUUUAUUAUCGUCACGUUUUUUUUAUUUAAUAUUUAUAAAAUGCGAAAUCGUAGCCACUCGCUUAGGAGCGAGCGAAGGCUCUGAAAAAAUUUUCCGAACCGAUGUUAUAUUUUGCAAAAGGCAGCUGAAUGUCGACAUUUUUUACGUUAUUUUUUACUUCUAUACGCUUUUGUGCCAGCGACUGUUUUUUUUUAUUUUGCUUCGCUUCGAAUUGUUUAGCAGUAAUAUUAAUGGCUAUUAAGUUUUACGGCGUUUCUUUUGAAGGAAGAACAAAUUUUUAAGUUUUUUUGCAUUACUCGCGACGAAUGCUUAUUAUACACUUUCGGCAGCUCAACGAAACCGCACUUCCGAGAAGGAAUACUUUCGCUCGAAGGCAAAAGAUGAGGUGUAACGUAUAGUCUUAAACAGAGUAAAAAAUCAAGUUUUCUUGUGUCCUCUCAGCAAUUGUUCUCGAUGCACUCGUAUGAUAUAUAUACAUAUUAUUAUAAGCGAAUGAGACUUUUCUUUAUAAAUAUACAUAAAUAAGUAUGUAACGAUGAAGUACCGUCUCACGAGCACCGAAGCCAGUGCGUCAUUUUUGUCAAACGAUAUUUAAUGUUCAACAUCGUACGGUUUGUUUUCCUUGAAGGUUUUUUCUUAACUGUAGAAGGCGUUUUUAACUAUAGUAGGCAAAUUCUUUGGAUUUUUCCACGGAUCCUCGUGCGACGAAUGCCAUCAGCUACGGUUUACGUGUCGACGACGGAUCCGGAAAAAGUUUUUCAAACUCGUAACUCUCGAUGUAAAUAUUAAUAUUACGUAUAUUCUUUAGAGGAAACAGAAAUAAAAAAAAAACAAGUGUAAUAUCCUUUUUCUCCCCCCUCCGGUGAGCGAGCCCCGCGUCGCGCACGUCGACGUCGAAGAAUAGCCGCGCAUGAGUGUACGAGAGAAUGCGAGAAGACAACGAGCGAACGGAAGUGCAUUAGCAACAUGCACGCGAAUGUGAGAGCGAACGAGCGAUUGCGUGAGAAAAACUAGCCACCCAACCACCCACACAUUGAUACCUAAUUAAUGUUUAACACUUUAGAGACAAGAAGAUAAAAACGUACUAAGAGAGCAUAGCUGUCCUACAAUACCGCGUUUAACAUAAAAGGAAAAAAUAAAGGUAACGAAUCGUCUCAUGUUUACUUGACUAUUGAAGUUAGUAUUACAACUCUCGGCGGUGAUUUAUAAAAGAUAAACAAAAAGCACCGAGCGCGAGGCGUACAACAGGAAUAAUAAUAUAAAGAGUUACGUCGAAGAGUAAUCCAGUGACAAUGAAUGUAAAUGUAUCCAUUUUCGAAACUUGAUGUAGAAUUAUACUCAUAAGCUAUAUCUAUAUGAUACACGAACGAAUAAAAGCGUACAGUAAAUUA